AUUCCACCUUGCGAAAUCCCCCCAUAACAACUCUACUCAAGUCCCUGCACGCCCAACAUACGACUUCACCAGCAGGGCAUCCUUCAACAUAGACUCCUCUGCCACGACGCCUCGCUUUGAUCUCUUGUGUCCGAUAUGCACUGAGAUCCCCACGAAAUCUUGUACACAAACAAAGUCUUCUGUCCGCGUCCGAGUCCUCGAUCUCAGCACUGGCUUGCGGCUUCCACCACGAAUACCACUUCCCACUUUCGGGACCACUUGAAGAUCACGCGAUACACCACACGUUUCGGAUACUGCCACAAUGGAGGGUCAAGAUAAUGGCGAUGAGCUCUACCCCAUCGCCGUGCUGAUCGACGAGUUGAAGCACGACGACGUCCUCCUUCGCCUCAACGCUAUUCACAGACUUUCAACGAUUGCCCUGGCUUUGGGUCCUGAACGAACAAGAGAUGAGCUGAUACCAUUCUUGGACGACUCUGUCGAGGAUGAAGAUGAAGUCUUAACAGCACUUGCUGAAGAGCUUGGAAAUUUCAUUGAAUAUGUCGGAGGAGCAGAAUACGGCCAUGUGCUCCUGGCACCAUUAGAGAAUCUCGCAGCAAUCGAGGAGCCUCUUGUGAGAGACAAGGCCGUUGAUUCCCUUAACAAGAUCUGCGAACAGCUCUCCGAACGACAGGUCGAAGAAUUCUUCAUUCCCCUGACAAUCCGACUCUCCAAAGCCGAUUGGUUCACAUCAAAGAUUUCAGCUACCGGACUGUAUGUCACACCUUAUCGAAAAGCGAGCACAGCCUCGCAGCAAGGUCUUCGAACGCAGUUCGGUCACUUAGUUCAUGAUGAGACGCCCAUGGUUCGACGACAAGCCGCCAACAACCUUGCCAAAUUUGUCAAGGAAGUCCCUGUGUCUGUGGUUAUUGACGAAAUGAUUCCUCUAUUUCAACAUCUUGCCAGCGAUGAUCAAGACAGUGUUCGACUUCUGACUGUGGAAGUCUUAAUCUCGAUCGCCGAGGUGAUUCCCAAAGAACAACAACCCAGUCACGGUGUCCUAUUGACCGCGUUGAGAAGCCUAUUCGAAGACAAGAGCUGGAGAGUGCGCUACAUGGUCGCAGAGAAAUUCGAGAAGAUUGCAAAAGCCGUCAAUGAGGAGGUCGUUACACGGGAUCUGGUACCAGCAUUUGUCAAGCUGUUGAAGGACAGCGAAGCCGAAGUGAGGACAGCCAUUGCCAGUCAAAUUCCCGGAUUCUGCGGCCUUCUUGACCGCGAAACCUUGCUCAACGAAAUCAUGACGAGCAUAGAAGACCUCGUGUCGGAUCCUUCGCAGCAUGUUAGAGCAGCUCUCGGGACCCAACUCAGCGGACUGGCACCCAUACUCGGCAAAGAAGAAACCAUCUCCCAUCUCCUUCCCAUGUUCCUACAGAUGCUCAAGGACGAAUUCCCGGAUGUGCGCCUACACAUCAUCUCCAAGUUGGAGCUCGUCAACAACGUCAUUGGAAUCGACCUCCUCUCACAAUCGCUUCUUCCCGCCAUUGUCCAAUUGGCAGAAGAUAAGCAAUGGCGCGUCCGUCUCGCUAUCAUCGAGUACAUCCCCCUGCUAGCCAAGCAAUUAGGCAUGAAAUUCUUCGACGAGCAACUGAGCUCGUUGUGUAUGGGCUGGCUGGGCGAUACAGUCUUCUCUAUCAGAGAGGCUGCUACACUGAACCUCAAGAAGCUCACGGAAGUUUUUGGUGUGGAUUGGGCAAAACGAUCUAUCAUUCCCAAAGUCGAUGCCAUGAGUCGACAAGAGAAUUAUCUGUACCGAAUGACUACUUGCUUUGCUAUAACGACGCUCGCUCCAGUCGUCACCCUCGAAAUCAUCCAAGAGAGCGUGCUCCCCAUGAUGGAGCGCCUUGUGGCUGACCCCAUCCCGAAUAUCCGCUUCAAUGUCGCCAAGUCCUAUUCCGUUCUGAUCGACACUCUCCGUCGUCUUCCCACCGAAGGCACCCUUGCACAAUUGGAAGAGUCUGGUUCGACGGAUGCCCAGCCUGAUCCGAAAGGCGAAGAAUUGAUCAACGACCAGAUCAUGCCUAAUCUGACGAAGCUGCAAGACGAUGAGGAUGUUGAUGUCAGGUAUUUUGCCACAAUUGCCGCGGGUGGCACUUGGAAUGCCGGCGAGAGGAUGGAUACGGGACAGUAGUGCUAUCGCGUUCGGACGCCUGUUAGAAGGUCUUCCAGGCCGUGGUUUAAAGUUCUCGGAUGAACGUCAAUGGGCGGCACUGGUCAGUUGGAAGUCAGCAGAUAGCAAGAGCGAGAGCAAGAGCAAGAGCUCGUGUGUGUGUGAUACCAAAAGAUAGCAAUAAGAAUAGAGGUGAAGCGAACAAUCCUGCUAGACGGAAGACCGUAAUAUGGACCCGGGUUGUACGGAGUAUUUG